GCGAGGGAGCCCGCAGUGCGGAGCAGGGGCGCGGCGCUGGGCGGGGGACGCGGGCCGGGCUGUGGCCUUGUCUGCUUCUCCCUCCGGGGCCAGCAUGAUGACGCGCUUCGCUCUGACCGUUGUCCGACAUGGAGAAACAAGAUUUAACAAGGAGAAAAUAAUUCAAGGACAAGGAGUAGAUGAGCCUCUUUCAGAAACUGGAUUUAAACAAGCAGCCGCUGCUGGUGUAUUUCUUACUAAUGUGCAGUUUACUCAUGUUUUCUCCAGUGACCUCACCAGGACAAAGCAGACCACAUGUGGGAUUUUGGAGAAGAGCAAAUUUUGCAAAGAUAUGACAGUAAAGUAUGAUUCAAGACUUCGAGAAAGGAAAUACGGAGUUGCAGAAGGCAGGGCGCUGGGUGAGAUGAGAGCGAUGGCCAAAGCAGCUGGAGAAGAAUGCCCUGUAUUCACACCAUCCGGAGGAGAGACCUUAGACGAGGUGAAAAUGCGUGGAAAAGACUUUUUUGAAUUUCUUUGUCAACUGAUCUUGAAAGAGACGGGUCAGAAAGGACAGUUUUCACAAGGAGCUCCAAGCAACUCCCUGGAAACUUCUUUGGCAAAGAUAUUUCCUUUAGGAAAACACUGCUUCUCCGAAUUUAAUUCAGACAGCGGUGCUCCAGGAUUAGCAGCCAGUGUCUUAGUUGUGAGUCACGGCGCUUACAUGAGAAGCCUGUUUGGUUAUUUUCUGACUGACCUUAAGUGUUCCUUACCAGCAAGUCUGAGCAAAUCUGAACUGUCAGCCAGCCCCAAUACGGGGAUUAGUGUCUUUAUCGUAAACUUUGAGAAAGGAAGAGAAGCUCAACCAACAGUUCAGUGUGUUUGUAUGAACCUGCAGGAGCAUCUCAACAGAGUGACUGAAAUGUGCUAAAUUUAAAUCUACGUCAAAAUCUAACGAUUUUGAGCCUCUGAGGGAGUGCCUUUGACUCUGUUUCCAUCCUCUGCUAGUGCUGAUUUGGAAACAAUUAAAAAGCCGUCUAGCAUGGCAUGUUAUAAAGCUCGAAUGGAAUCAUAGCCACAAAAAACACUAAUGGAAAACCAUUUAGAAUUGACUUAUUUUGUCUGAGUACAGCUGGCAUUUCCCAGAGUAAUUUUACCACCAUGCUUGGUUACUUCU